AUGCUGUACCUCGUGGGACUUGGUCUUUCAGACGAGACAGAUAUUACUGUCAAGGGUCUGGAAGUUGUCAAGAAGGCUUCCAGAGUUUACCUCGAGGCAUACACUAGCAUCCUGCUCGUCGAGCAGUCCGUCUUGGAAUCAUACUAUGGACGCUCUAUCACAGUAGCCGACCGUGAGAUGGUCGAGUCCAACAGCGACGAGAUCCUCCGCAAUGCGCAGAACGAAGAUGUCGCAUUCCUUGUCGUUGGAGAUCCCUUCGGUGCCACAACGCAUACCGACCUCGUUCUUCGUGCACGAGAGCUCGAGAUUCCCGUCCGAACAGUCCCCAACGCCUCAAUUAUGUCCGGUAUUGGCGCCUGCGGCCUUCAGCUCUACAACUUUGGUCAGACCGUGUCCAUGGUCUUCUUUACAGACACCUGGAAGCCCGCCUCAUUCUACGAUCGCAUAAAGGAGAAUCGCCAGAUUGGACUUCACACGUUGGUCCUAGUGGACAUCAAGGUCAAGGAGCAAAGUCUCGAGAAUAUGGCCCGUGGUCGCCUGAUCUACGAGCCCCCUCGCUAUAUGACCGUAGGCCAGUGUGCUCAGCAAAUGCUUGAAAUCGAGGAGGAGCGCAAAGAAGGCGUAUACACCAAGGAUAGUUUGGCCAUCGGCGCUGCCCGUGUAGGAGGCAAGACUGAGAAGUUCGUGGCUGGUACAUUGGAAGAACUUUGCUCUACUGAUGAGGAGCUUGGUCCCCCUCUUCACAGCCUUGUUCUUCUUGGACGAAGGACACACGAGCUAGAGCUCGACUACGUGCGACAGUUUGCUGUUGACAAGGAGAAGUGGGACAAGCUAUGGAAUGCCGAAUAUGGAAAGCAGCUUUGA